UUGGACCAGCGCUGGAAAAGAGACAUCAGCCCAGGUCUUGCAAUAUUUUUCUCAGCAGACUAUGUCCUCCUCCAUUAAAAUUGAAUCUGUUGUGAAGGAGAAGAACAGGAUGGGAGAGUGCCCAGUCUGGGAAGAAAGGGAAAAUGCACUCGUGUAUGUAGAUAUUAACUCGCAGAAAGUGUGCCGCUGGAACGCUGUCACCAAUGAAGUGCAGAGCAUGUCUGUGGAUGCUCCCGUGGGCUCCGUGGCGCUGCGCUGGUGCGGGGGCUACGUCAUCGCCCUGGGAACCAGCUUUGCCUUUCUAGAUUGGGACGCCCAGUCAGUCACCACUAUCCUCAAGAUCGAGCAGGAUAAACCCAACAACAGGUUCAAUGAUGGGAAAGUGGAUCCAAAGGGAAGGUUUUUUGCUGGCACGAUGGCUGAAGAGACAGCACCUGGGGUACGAGUGAGGCGACAAGGGGCUCUCUACACUCUUUACCCUGACUAUUCAGUAGUGAAACAGUUGGACCAGGUGGACAUCUCCAAUGGUCUGGAUUGGUCCCUGGAUCACAGGACCUUCUUUCACAUUGACAGCCUGACUUAUGCUGUGCAUGCCUUCGACUAUGAUGUGCACACGGGCAAGAUCGCCUGCCCAAAACUUGUGUACCGUUUAGAGAAGGAGGAGCAAAUGCCGGACGGGAUGUGCAUAGACGCAGAAGGGAAGCUCUGGGUGGCCUGUAUUGAUGGCGGCAGAGUGAUUCGUUUAGAUCCAGAGACAGGAAAAAGAAUCCAAACUGUAAUGCUGCCUACUUCCAGGAUCACUUCUUGCUGCUUUGGUGGAAAAGACUAUUCAGAAAUGUACGUGACUUCUGCAUAUGAUGGGCUGGAUGAGACGGCCUUGGCAAAGGAACCUCAGGCAGGAGAGAUUUUCAAGAUAACAGGCCUGGGUGUGAAAGGGAUUCCACAGAAUUUCUAUGCUGCUUGAAUAUAAUGUUAAAUAACAAACAAGAAACGCUUAUGGCUUGUUGGAGUAAUUCUGACAAGGUAAAAUCCAAUGAAUUACAGAAUUUAUCUGUAUGAGGAUUUCUAAACACACAUCUGAGAACUCACUUGUUUGGAGCUGAAGAUAUUUCUUCUUCGAGUCUGUGGCAUGAUACAAUAGACUAGAGAGGCAAGGCUUAUCUCUGUUAUCUUGACAUCUGUUAUGAAUUUACACAAACCUCUUUAAACUCCAGCUUAUUUUGAUGUACUUCCUGAUGACCAGCUCUGCCUUUUCAUAUCUCCGUGGUUCCAGAAGCAGAAUUGGACAAUUUGACUCUUAGUUUGUCUUCCUGUGUUGCAGUGAUGUGGCAGCAACAAUAUGGCAGAUUUUUAAUAAAUUUCAGAGUGAUGAC